AUGGUUUUCAUUUCAACCAAAGAAUUUAAUAAUAUGGAAUAUGGAACAAUUUUGAUUAAUGCUAUUGAUGCUAUUGAUUCGGAUAAUAACAGCAAGCUUUUAAUCGAUGACCAAGUUGUGGAGAUUUUCAGAAAAGAGAGCUCUUCCUAUGAACAUACUGAUCAUGGAAGACUUAUUAUUGUAGUGGUUGAAAAUUCUCGUAAAAUUGAAAGAAGAAGUCCCACUUUUUCAUAUUCUGAAAAAGGUAAAGGCAUACCUUUCAAAAUUGAUAAAAUCCCAUUUGAAUUUAAAAAAAAGAAGUUCAUCGAUAACCUUUCAUCAAUGAGCUACCAUGAAAUUAGUCUCAAAUACAAUGAUGAUGAUAAACCAAAUCAAGUUGUCUUGAGACAUUUCUAUAAAAAUUCACUUCAAAUGGGAUUCUUUAAUUGUACUUUAUUAUUUAGAUCAUCACCAAAAACCACCUCAAAAACUUUUACAAAAAGACCUGAACUUAUGCUAACUAUUGUUGAUUCAUCAGGUCAAUUAAUUAAAACUAUUUACAUUAAUCGUGAUGAAAAUAAUAAUAAUAGUAAUAAUAAUAAUAAUAACAAUAGUAAUAAUAAUAGCAGUAUCCUUUUUAAUUCAAGUGAUAGCCUUGAAACUACAUUAACAACAUCAUCAUCAUCGUCAACAUCAACCAACCAAAACUCUAAUAGUUUCAACAAUCUCCUUUCAUUACUCCCAUCACUCAAUUUACAAAUUCAAUCACAACUAAUUAAUAAUAAUAAAACUAAUAAUAAUAACAAUUGUGAUGUAAUUAUUAAUAAUGAUAAUGGUAAUAAUAAUAAUAAUAAUAAUAAUAAUAAUAAUAAUAAUAAUAAUAAUAAUAAUAAUAAUAAUAAUAAUAAUAAUAAUAAUAAUAAUAAUAAUAAUAAUAAUAAUAAUAAUAAUAAUAAUAAUAGUAGUGAUUCCAUUAUUGUUAAUGAUAAUUAUUUUAAUAAUGACAAUAGUAAUGAUAUUAUUGUUAAUGUUAAUAAUAAUUUUAAUAAUAACAAUCCAAAUUGUAAUAUUGACAAUGGAAAUUUCAUUUAUUUCAACAAUCAUGAUAAUGAUAAUAAUAAUAAAUUAGAUUAUUAUGAUGAGUUGUAUAGUAUUUAUAAUAUUGGUGGUCAAACUUUUGACUACGAUAUUUGUAACAUAAAUAAUAAUUAUUUCAAUUUCAAUGAAAUUAAUAUGAUUCAAAAUUAA